ACUGUUAAUUACUCCCAGUGGGAACUCUGCUCUGCCCGUCUAUCUCUUCUAUUCUCUGUCACAGAGCUCACAUCUUUCAGACAGUCGCGUUCACUACAAUACAUACACCGCCAAGGAAAAGCAAAUUAUUUAUUUCCAUUUCCAUUUUCAUUAUACUUUUCAUUUUCUCUUGUUCUUCCACAUUGUGAGUGAAUUGGGUUGAUAGAUCGGAGGAGCUUCUUUUCAUUUCAAUAUAUUAUUAGGGUUCUUCAGAUACUUGUUGCCACGUACUAGCUUCCUCUCCAUCUGAGAUCUCUCUCUCUCUCGUUGCUCCGAAAGCUUAACUCUUUUCUUCAUUGUUCCUUGUCCGAGCACAAUCUACAUUGGAAAGCUCACAUCUUGGAGAUUGGUUUUUUCCUUUGAUUGGUGGGAGGGAGCAGAUCUUUGAAGAAUACUGCUCCAACCUUUCUAAUCUAAAUUUUAUUGGGGGUUACCCUCUUCUUUUUAUGCGAUUCGCAAUUGGUAAGCAUCCAACUACCUAUCUGCCCAUUAUAUGCAAGAUCGUUUCUUUUUCUUAAAAAUGAAGAGCACUUGGUUUCAACUAUGUAAUUUCGCCUUCUGUUUCUAGUUUUCUAUAAUUAAUGGCUAAAUUUGAAGGAUCGUUUAGUGUACUGUUGUCUGCUGAAUCCAUUUAAUUUCUCAACCGUGGAUGGUGUUAAUCCCCAUUAAUGGCGAAUUCCAGUAGUCCCCACUACCUCCCCGAUCAUUGUACUUGCCUUUUGAUUUGGUCUUCACCAUCGGAGUCCCAUCCUGUCUUUAUGUCCUGUUUCCUGGUUAUGGUAAAGAUGAUCAGUCUGCCUUCAGUUUCCCCUUUCUCAGUUAGUUUGAAUUUUUUGCUUUUAACAUUGCUAUACUGGACUUCUUAGCAAUGAUCUACGUGGAUUAGCUUUUGAUCGGGCAAGUGCUACAUUUCGUUCCAGAAAUUGUCCAACUUCAAACUGACAGCUGAUCUGUUAAGUUAUGAUUUGAUUUUCAGGGGGGAUAACCAGUAACAAUGGCCUUGAAGCCUAAUUUAGCUGAUAACAGAACUAGGAGUUCCAUCCAGAUAUUCAUAGUAGCUGGGCUAUGCUGUUUCUUCUACAUAUUGGGAGCAUGGCAGAGGAGUGGGUUUGGGAAAGCAGACAAUCUCGCCAUGGAAAUCACCAAAAACACUGGGGGGGAUUGCAACAUUAUCUCUAGUCUCAAUUUCGAAACUCACCAUGGCGGUGAAAUCACCUCCGUGGAUAGUUUUGAAACAGAGAAGAAAGUUUUCAAACCAUGCGAUCCAAAGUACACCGAUUACACCCCCUGUCAAGACCAGAGGCGUGCCAUGACAUUCCCUAGGGAUAACAUGAUAUACAGGGAGAGGCAUUGUCCCCCAGAGGAAGAGAAGUUGCAUUGUCUAAUACCAGCUCCUAAGGGCUACGUGACUCCGUUCCCUUGGCCUAAGAGUCGUGAUUAUGUCCCUUAUGCGAAUGCACCUUAUAAGAGCUUGACUGUUGAGAAGGCCAUUCAGAAUUGGGUUCAGUAUGAGGGUAAUGUGUUUAGGUUUCCUGGUGGAGGGACGCAGUUCCCACAAGGCGCUGAUAAGUACAUUGAUCAAUUGGCAUCGGUUAUACCAAUUAAGAGUGGAACAGUCAGAACAUUGCUCGAUACAGGUUGUGGGGUUGCUAGUUUGGGUGCUUACCUAUGGAACAGAAAUGUGAUUGCCAUGUCAUUUGCACCAAGAGACUCGCAUGAAGCACAGGUUCAAUUUGCUCUUGAAAGAGGUGUACCUGCUGUGAUUGGCGUUCUCGGUACUAUAAAGGUGCCGUAUCCAUCCAGAGCUUUCGACAUGGCUCAUUGUUCUCGGUGCUUGAUACCAUGGGGUGCCAACGAUGGGAAAUACUUGAUGGAAGUGGACCGAGUUCUUAGACCGGGUGGGUAUUGGGUUCUUUCGGGUCCCCCAAUCCAUUGGAAGGUUAACUACAAGGCAUGGCAGCGUCCUAAGGAAGAACUUCAGGAGGAGCAAAGGCAGAUUGAAGAGGCUGCCAAAAUGCUUUGCUGGGAGAAGAAGUACGAAAAGGGUGAAAUUGCUAUCUGGCAAAAGAGAAUGGAUGGUGAUUCAUGCCAUAGUAAACAAGAUAAAUCUCAAGUUACCUUCUGCAAAUCUUCUGAUCCUGAUGAUGUCUGGUACCAGAAGAUGGAGGCUUGUGUCACACCUUAUCCUGAUACCAGCAGCUCAGAACUUAAAAAUUUCCCUGAAAGGCUUUAUGCUGUUCCACCAAGAGUUUCUAGUGGUUCUGUUCGUGGAGUUUCAGCUGAGAAAUACCAAGAGGACAGUAACGAAUGGAAGAAACACGUCAAAGCUUAUAAAAGAAUCAAUAGACUUUUGGAUUCUGGAAGGUACAGGAACAUAAUGGACAUGAAUGCUGGAUUGGGAGGAUUUGCUGCUGCACUUCAGUCUCCAAAGUUGUGGGUUAUGAAUGUUGUUCCAUCUAUAGCUGAGAGAAGUACACUGGGUGUGAUAUACGAAAGAGGCUUGAUUGGAAUCUAUCAUGACUGGUGUGAGGCUUUCUCUACAUACCCAAGGUCCUAUGAUAUGAUUCAUGCCAAUGGUCUUUUUAGUCUGUACAAUAACAAGUGUAAUCUAGAGGACAUCCUUCUGGAGAUGGACAGGAUUUUGCGACCAGAAGGUGCAGUUAUAAUCCGAGAUGAAGUGGAUGUACUAAUCAAGGUGAAGAAGAUAAUAGGAGGAAUGAGAUGGGAUACUAAAAUGAUGGACCAUGAAGAUGGUCCUCUUGUUCCUGAGAAAAUACUGGUCGCAGUCAAGCAGUACUGGGUUGCAGGUGGCAACUCUACAUCCACCCAGUGAGCUUCAUGUAUGGCCGCUCGAGAUAUUUCAAAUGGACCUCCUUGAAGUAGCCCCUGGUGAAGCAGAAACCCAUCCUCGUGACGGAUUCAUGUGCUUGGACUGUUUCUUCCUGCAGAGCAAAAUGAGCAGUGGGGUGCUUUAAUUUAAACCAACACAUGUUUGGUUUUGGUUCUAUCCUAUUGUUCUUAGCUUCUGGUGCCGUUGUGUAGUGGUAAUGCCAUUGAUGAGAAAGCUAGAAAAGGAUAGUCUUUGUGAUGUGCCUCGCUACAUUGAGAGCUUCUCCCUCGUUCUCCCCCAAUUUUGUUGUACUAUCAAUUUUGUGCACUGUCAAUUUUGAUAUUGUUGCUUGGUGGAUCAUAUCAAUCACCGGUCACUACUAACGCAUCUCACACGGGGCUAAUGAAUUUUGUGUUUUUAU